CCGCCAUUGCUACUGGCAGCAUCAGUGCAUUGCGCAACAAGAGCGGCGAUUAAGGAAGCCCGGAAACAGCUAAAAUCAUGGGAUCGAGUUAGCAGAUCUCACUCUCCGAAUCAGCGAGUUUUAGUGAUAAAACCGCUCUUACUCGCGGAAAAAGUUGAUAGUUUAACUUGUCCUCUAAUACGCGGAUCGAGUUAUAUGGUCAACAUUAAGCAUUCUGUCUAUGAAUUUAUUGAGCUUAUGCAAACUAUGUAUUAAACUCCAAAUUUGUCUAAAGUGGAUUACUUUCUCAGUGAUGGUGUAAAGUGUCAUUCUUGUAAAAAUCGAGGUGGCUGCUCGCAAUUUUAAUUUUUUUGAAGGAGUUGACAAAUGGACAAGUGAUUUACAUUUGUCAUUUGACAUCAACGUAGUUUGUCUACAAAAAAUAAAUAAAUAAAAAGUCUUCGCCACCUUAGACAGAGCUUCUUCUUGUAUGAAUAAACAAGUUUCUGUAAGUCAUUUUGGGAUUGUGUCCCUUCUUGGUUUCAAGGCUCAGCAGGGGCAGAAAUGGAGGGAAUAGCUCAGAAAAAGGAUUCCGAACUCGAAACCGGUGAUGGGAUUCUGGUGUUUGCAGUGAAUGGAGUGAAGUUUGAGGUGCCAAGUAUUGAUCCUGCAACUACUUUGCUUGAGUUCUUGCGGUGUCAGACACCUUUCAAGAGUGUUAAGCUUGGAUGUGGUGAAGGUGUAUUUUAAACAUCUUCAAUCUAUUUGCUGGCUUUUAUUUUAUUUAUUUUUUGUUUGAAUGUUCGUGCAUGUAGCUGAAAAUGGCGGAAUAUGGUACGUUAGGAUGAUCUGGUCUUCCCCGUUUGGUUUGUUUAAGUUGAUUUUGAAUGAGAAUGAGCAGGGUAUCUUCCUUAAAAAUGACUACUUUACAUAAUGCAGUAUUGUGUUAGCUCAUCUUUCUUCAUCUGUUCAUUUCUUUGUUUCUGAUUGUUUUAAUUUCAUUUUUGUUUUUAAAUGGCAAGAAUUUUUUGCCAAUAUUUGUGUGUGGAGUCCUUGUAAUUGGUGAAUGAAGGGAGUUUUGCUCUCAGUUGACCAAAGUAUCAGAAGAAAUCAAGAUCUUCUAGAGAUUAGUCUUUGAAGUUAGAAUUAUUGCAGUAAGCAUCUGACAAUUGAGCUUAUCUUUGCUGUAGUUUGGAUCUAGUUCUAAAUGACUGGUUUCUUAAUCUCUCUCUGUCUCUUUUCCUUCCCGAAAUAGAGUAGACAGUUGUCCUAAACUGUAUCCAUGAACUUCAGCAAACUAAAUUAUUUGAAACACAUUUCUAGGCUUUUCAGCCUUUUAUGGUAGUGUAAAAAGAAAUUGCUUUCAGUCUUUAGUUAUUGCUAGUUUAUUGUAAUUCUCUAACUAUAAGACUUGGCAGAUAGUGUAGACGAAUGUGGUUAACGUGUUUAUCUCUACUCCCUUAAGUCGAUAUUGAAGAAAUCUGCUUACUAUGAUCCGUAGACUUUGCUAGUAGUUCUUAUGACUCUGCCACUGCUGGAUGCAACCUUCUAGAUGUUCAGGCAUUAGUAUUAUUAUGACUAUUGCUUUUAUUUUGCCAGAAGCUUGUUCAGUUCAGAUUCAGUAGAGUUUUAUGGAUGUUUAAGGAAUACUUGUUUGGGAUUUCAAUUUGCUGUGAACAUAUCUUACAUUCUGUUGUUUAGAGAUUUGCUUGUGUGUCAAGUGUGCACAUGCAUUCCCCUCUCAUGUGGCUUCUGCAUCUAAUAGUACGGAUUCUGUUGUUUAACCAAAACAGGUGGUUGUGGUGCAUGUGUGGUUAUGGUGUCAAAGUAUGACCCGAUUCUUGAUCAAGUUGAAGAUUUUACUGUGAGUUCAUGUUUAACCCUUCUCUGCAGUAUGAAUGGUUGUUCAAUUACUACUAGUGAAGGCCUUGGAAAUAGUAAAGAUGGUUUCCAUCCAAUUCAUCAAAGAUUCACUGGAUUCCAUGCUUCUCAAUGUGGUUUUUGCACACCUGGAAUGUGCAUGUCCCUUUUUUCAGCACUCAAAAAUUCCGAAAAGAAGUCACAGAGACCUGAACCUCCACUAGGAUUUUCUAAGCUUACCACAUCUGAGGCUGAAAAGGCUAUAGCAGGAAAUCUCUGUCGAUGCACUGGAUAUAGGCCCAUAUCUGAUGCCUGUAAAAGUUUUGCUUCAAAUGUUGAUUUGGAGGACUUAGGACUAAAUGCUUUCUGGAAAGUGAGAGAGCCAAAGGAAACUAAACUAAGCAGACUACCAUCAUACAAUCCAAGUCUUUGCGUCAAUGAAUAUCCAGAAUUUUUGAAAGGCAGGUUCCAACAAGCGUUGAAACUGGACUCCAACAGUUAUUCUUGGUACAAUCCUACCACUCUUGGAGAGCUCGAAAGCUUGUUGAACUCCCAGGCUGUGGAUAACAGUUCACCAAUUAAGCUACUUGUUGGUAACACAGGGGUAAGCUACUACAAGGAACUUCAGCACUAUGACAAAUUCAUUGAUCUGAGACAUAUACCUGAGCUUUCAAUGAUAAGAAGGAACCACAAGGGAAUUGAAAUUGGAGCUGCUGUGUCAAUUGCAAGAGCCAUUUCUUGGCUGAAGGAAAAUGAUACCGCGAUUUCUUCCUCGAACAGUGGGAUGGUGUUCCAAAAGAUUGCAGAUCAUAUGGAGAAAAUCAGUACAGGGUUUGUAAGAAACUCGGCCAGUAUUGGUGGGAAUUUAGUGAUGGCACAAGGGAAAAAUUUUCCUUCAGAUAUAGCUACUUUACUUCUUGCUGUAGAUGCUACUGUUAGUAUCGCAACUGGUGACAAGCAUGAAGUUGUUACAUUGGAAGACUUAUUGGCAAGGAAACCCAUUGAUUGUAGAAGUGUUCUUCUCAGUGUACAGAUUCCAUUUCCUGAGCCGAAAAGAAAGAAUAACAUCAUUGUAUCUGACUCGAAAUUGUACUUUGAGACCUAUCGUGCUGCCUCUAGACCCCUGGGAAAUGCUCUGCCUUAUCUGAAUGCUUCUUUCUUGGCUGAAGUGUCUCCUUGCAUAAAUGGAGGUGUUGUAAAUGAUAUCAAGUUAGCUUUUGGUGCUUAUGGUACAAAGCAUGCGAUACGAGCAAGGAAGGUUGAGGAACAUCUUUCAGGAAAAUUAGUUACUGUUAAUGUCUUACGUGAAGCUAUAAAAUUAAUUAAAGAAGAGGUAGUACCUGAAUCUAGUACCUCACAUGCUGCUUACCGGACAAGUUUGGCUGUUAGUUUCCUUUUUCAGUUUCUUUCCCCAUUUCUUGAUCCUGGUUUUCCUGUUAAGGAUGGUUUAUUGAAUGGAAUUACCUAUAGUUUAUUGGAAUCUCAAUCCAAAAGCCUUAGCGAGGUCUCUACUGGUCAAAUGGAAAGUUUAACAUUGUUGUUACCUGCAAAGCAAGUGGUGAAUUCAAGUAGAGACUACUAUCCAGUUGGAGAACCAAUAGUGAAGACUGCUGCUGCCAUCCAAGCUUCAGGGAAAGCUGUAUAUGUUGAUGAUAUCCCAUCGCCUCCCAACUGCCUGUAUGGAGCCUUUAUUUAUAGUACAAAACCAUUGGCGAGGAUAAAGGGUCUUGAUUUCAAAUCAGGUGCUCAACUGAGCAAAGUUUCUGCAGUCAUUACUUAUAAAGACAUUCCAGAAGUAGGGGAAAAUGUGGGAUCCAAGACCUUUUUUGGUUUUGAUCCUCUAUUUGCUGAUGAAAUUACCAGGGGUGCUGGUGAACUGAUUGCAUUUGUGUUGGCAGAAACGCAGAAAUCUGCUGAUAUAGCUGCUAGCUCAGCUGUGGUGCACUAUGACACUGAGAAUAUGGAUCCACCAAUUUUAUCUGUUGAAGAAGCUGUUGAGAAGUCAAGUUUCUUUGACGUUCCUCCUUUCUUGUAUCAUAAUGUUGGUGAUUUCUCAAAAGGAAUGGAUGAAGCUGAUCAUCAGUUAAUUUCCGCAGAGAUAAAUCUAGGGUCUCAAUACUAUUUUUACAUGGAGCCCCAAACUGCCCUGGCGGUCCCAGAUGAAGACAACUGUAUGGUGGUAUAUAGUUCAACUCAAUGCCCAGAAUGGACUCACAAUGCCAUAGCAAAAUGUCUUGGUGUUCCCGAGCAUAAUGUACGUGUUGUUACCAGGAGGGUUGGUGGAGGCUUUGGGGGCAAGGCAACAAAAGCAACACCUGUUGCUACAGCUUGUGCCCUUGCAGCGCACAAGUUGCGCCGUCCGGUCAGGACAUAUCUCAAUCGUAAGACUGAUAUGAUAACAUCUGGCGGAAGACAUCCCAUGAAAAUAACUUACAGCGUUGGAUUCAAAUCAAAUGGAAAAGUUACAGCAUUGCACCUCAAUAUAUUGAUUGAUGCUGGAAUGUAUGCAGAUCUAAGCCCAAUGUUGCCAAUGACCAUUAGUGGUCCCCUUAAAAAGUAUAACUGGGGAGCUUUGUCAUUGGAUAUCAAAGUGUGUAAGACGAAUAAUUCCAACAAAUCUGCAAUGAGAUGUCCCGGUGAGAUGCAAGGAUCCUUUAUUGCUGAAGCUAUAAUAGAAAACAUUGCUUCAGAACUCUUAAUGGAGGUUGAUGUCGUCAGGAAUAUUAAUCUUCACACAUAUGAAAGCCUGAGUGUUUUCUACAAGGGGGCUGCAGGUGAAGCACCAGACUAUACUUUGCCUGAUAUAUGGCAUAAACUGGAGCAAUCUGCAUGUCUACCACGACGAAUGGAAGCAAUAGAGCAGUUUAAUAGGGGUAGCAUAUGGCGUAAAAGAGGCAUCUCAAGGGUUCCCAUCGUGUACGGAGUCUCACUAAGACCAACCCCUGGAAAAGUUAGCAUUCUUUGCGAUGGUUCUAUCGUGGUAGAAGUUGGAGGAGUGGAAAUUGGGCAGGGGCUGUGGACUAAGGUGAAACAGGUGACUGCAUAUGCUCUCAGUUCAGUUGGAUGUGAUGGAACAGAAAACCUCGUGGAAAGGAUACGAGUGAUACAAUCUGACACGUUAAGCUUGGUGCAAGGUGGUAUUACUGCUGGUAGCACAACAUCUGAAUCAAGCUGCGAAGCUGUCAGGUUGUGCUGCAACACUUUGGUGGAAAGAUUAGGCCAACUUAAAAGUGAGUUGCAGGAGCAAACAUGUCCAGUCAACUGGGAAUCCUUAAUACUUCAGGCUCAUUCUCGAGCGGUGAACAUGGCAGCACAUUCAUACUAUGUGCCUGUGUCUGAUUCCAUGUACCUAAACUAUGGUGCAGCUGUCAGCGAGGUAGAGAUAAAUAUACUCACGGGAGAAACUAACAUUUUAAGAACAGAUAUCAUCUAUGAUUGUGGGCAGAGCAUGAACCCUGCAGUUGAUUUGGGACAGAUUGAAGGAGCUUUUGUGCAAGGAAUUGGAUUCUUCAUGCUGGAAGAGUACCUUGUCAAUGCAGAUGGAUUGUUGAUUUCAGACAGCACAUGGACAUACAAGAUCCCGACAAUUGAUACCAUACCAAAGCAGUUCAAUGUUGAAAUCCUUAGUAGUGGGCAUCACAAAAAACGAGUCUUAUCAUCUAAAGCCUGUGGCGAACCGCCAUUGCUUCUGGCAGCAUCUGUGCAUUGCGCAACAAGGGCAGCGAUUAAGGCAGCAAGGAAACAGCUAAGAACAUGGGGCAAGCUUGAUGGGACGACGGAUUCAUCUUUCCGGUUGGAUGUUCCGGCUGUAAUGCCCGUAGUGAAGAGCCUCUGCGGCUUAGAUUGCGUCGAGAUGUACUUAGAAACCUUGCUUGCUGCUUCAUGAUACUAUCAGCAAUCGUCUAAUGGAUGUUGAAUCCGUGCGCGAUGUUUUGAGGCUGCUGCAGUGCUGUGUAUCAAAGUUUUCUCUAGUUGGAGCCAUGUCGGAGUUUUCUGCAACUAUAUUUCUUCUAUUAUCUCAUAAUAAUGGUUCAAAUAUUAGGUAUGGAGAGAUUGCGGAUUUUUUUUAUUUUAUUAUUUUUUUUUGGGUUUUGUACAGAAAGGAGUCUAAAUCAUGAAAUUGCAAUAUUUCCGAGACACGUUUAUAUUAUACUUCAACCACGGUUUCCAUCCUGACGUGGAUUCAUGUUACCGCUGCAAGCCAUCACGUCUCUUCCCAGAUCUCCCUCACCACAGGUCCCACAGAACCAUUGCCCUCUCCAACAAUUUUAUCAUUCCUGCAUAACCAAAUCUUCCAUGUAGCAAAUACCAAAAUCACAACUUUACCUCUCAUUGAGUUUGUCAAACCAUCGGACAGGUUCAUAAGCAACCCUUUUGCCAAAUAAUGCAGCGAAAAGCCAACCACAAAAAUUGCCUAACAUUACCCUUUGCGGGUUUUCCAUUACAUUGACUUUAUC